AUGUCUCGUCCACUCGAAGGAAAGCUCGCCAUCGUGACUGGCGCAUCUCGAGGCAUUGGCGCCUCGAUCGCCGAGCACUUGGCCAACAAGGGCAGCGACCUUGCCCUCUGCUACACCUCCGCCCGCUCCCAACAAUCCGCCGUCGCCCUCUCAGAAAAGCUCAAAGCCGCGCAUAAGAUCCGCGCCCUCGUCGUCAAGGCCGACCUCGCCACCCCCACGGGCGCCUCCGAGCUCAUCGCCGCCACCAAGGCCGCCUUUUCCACCGCCGGCAAGUUCCAGAUCGACAUCAUCGUCAACAACGCCGGCGUCGCCUACAACGACAAGAUCCCCGACAUCAAGAUCUCCGACUUUGACAUUUCCUACAAGGUCAACGUCCUCGGCCCGCUCCUCCUCAUCCAGGCCGCCCAGCCGUACCUCCCUACGGACCGCAGCGGCCGCAUCGUCAACUUGAGCUCCGUUAGCGCCGGAUGCGGGUUCGUCGGCCAGUCUGUCUACGGCGGUACCAAGGGCGCCGUCGAGGCUAUGACUCGCACGUGGGCGAGGGAGCUUUCAGAGAACUGUACCGUUAACGCUAUCAAUCCCGGCCCUGUGCUGACGGAGAUGUACGCAAGCAACACGGAUGAGUUUAAGCGGCUUAUCAAGCCUUUCAUUGAGCAUACCCCGCUUAUGGCGGCGAGGGAGGGGAUCGACUCCGCUGAGGUCGUUGAGGAUGCUAAGACGAGCGGCGGCAGGCCCGCGUAUUGUAGCGAGAUUGCCGGUAUUGUUGGGAUGUUGUGCUUGCCGGACUCAGCUUGGUGUACUGGUCAGGUCGUGUGCGCGAACGGCGGCAUGCUGUUGGGAACUCAGUAG